AAUAAGCACAUUUUAUAAAAAAAUAAUCUUCGCGGGACUUACCAUCUGCUAUGCAUAAUUUUGGCAGGCACCACACCCGGUUCAAGAAUCCUCACGGUCUUCCGAGAGCCUUGAAAAGUGUGAGGAAUCAGAGUAUAAAAGUCAUGCGAAUUUUGCGAUUCUCAUACUUGCAGAAGCGAAUAAACAUCACGCCAUGUAUGCUAAGGUUAUCGUCUUGUGCGCUGCUCUUGCAGUAGCCAAUGCUAGUGUGCUACUUACCGCCCCAAUAAUAAACACUGGAAUCAGCACCAGCUCAAGGCAACAAGACGGACUUGGAAAUUAUGCUUUCGGUUAUGACAUCGCUAAUGGCUUGGGCUCAACCAAUGGUAGAUCAGAAGUAGGAGACGCAGCUGGAAACAAGAAAGGAACCUACACAAUCACCGACAGCGAUGGUAGAGCCCGCAGAGUAGACUAUGUCGCAGAUGCCCUUGGAUUCCGGGCCUCAGUCAAGACCAACGAACCUGGAACUGCCCUAAGCGCCCCAGCUGCAGCCCUUGUAUCCAGCCCUUAUGCCCCUCCUGUUGCCCCACUGCCGGUAGCUGCUGCUUCUCUUCCACUUGCUGCUGGACCCUUGACAUUAGCUCCACUACCACUGGCGGCCGCAAACCUGUGGGGUGCUUCAGUACCAGUUGCUUCUUACAACAGUGUCAUUGGUAACGGAGCCUUGAUUGGAGCUCCAUUGGGACUAUCAAAAUCAAUAUUGCUGUAAAACGUCUUACGGAAGGCACAAGUUACUGAUAUGAAAAAAGAAACUGAUUUCAAAUAAAAUGGAAGUAUUUUGUGCAAUUUACGAAGAUUAUGGUUUUGUGUUUAUGUCAUUUUUUUAUGGUGUGGGAAAUAUUAUUAUAAUAAAUUUUUAA